UCUUUGCUUUCAGCCACAGUCAAAUGAGGAUCCUAAAAAAGGAAGUUUGAAGAAGCCUGCUGUCGAGAGAUCUCAUCCCUGAUAGCUUCAAGUUAGGCUGCUUGUUGUGAGCAGUGUGGUGAUAAAGCAUCCGCCUCAAUCAAAGUCACAGUUGCGCACUUCCCUGUCAGCAUGGAGGACUCAUCAGAGCAGUCCCACUGGGCGUCCCCGGCUCUGCUCGGCUCCGACCCUCUGAGCAGCUUCUCGUCGGAGCCCGGCCUGCUGCCCCCGGGGGACGACGGCGAGGCCUUCUUCUCCGGCCAGGACGCCGACUACGCCGGCCUGCCCUCCUUCUUCUCCAGCCCCGGCCACGGCCGAACGCCGGCCGCCUACAGGCACAGCUCGGUUCGCCCGGUCUUCACCUCGCCGCACCUCCUCAGCAACCUCCAGCUGCUGGACGGCGCCGCGGGCCACUCCAUGGGCUCCAGCUACACCCCGCCGGCCUCCGGCUGGAGCGGCAGCCCCCUGACCAAGAGCCAUUUUCACCCGCACACCCCGACGUCCCUCUACACCGCCCCCUCCUUCACCGCCUCCAGGGACGGGUACUCGUCCCCGGGCAGAGAGGCCGCGGGCAGCCCCCAGCUCCAGGAGGCCCUGAAGGCCGAGCGCCUGAGCCCGCUGGGGGGUCUGGGCACCAGCGGCAGCUUCCUCAAUCUGACCCCGGCUUCUGGGAGCAUGUACACGCCCUCGUCCCACUCCCACCCGCACAUGCUGAGCCCCUACAGCUCCUACAUGGGCGGCCCGCAGGAGUACGGCUCCGCAGCGCUCUACUCCAGCCCCGGGGCCUGGAUCAGCCCCUCGUACUCCCCCAAACUCCGCAACAAGAUGAGAAUAUCCACUCCAGAGGCCAGAGAAUGUGUGAACUGCGGAGCCACAGCCACCCCGCUGUGGCGCCGGGACGGCACCGGCCACUACCUGUGCAACGCCUGCGGACUGUACCACAAGAUGAACGGCCAGAACCGGCCUCUGAUCCGGCCCAAGAAGAGGCUGAUUGUCAGCAAGCGAGCGGGGACGGUGUGCGCCAACUGCCACACCAGCACCACAACGCUGUGGAGACGCAACGCCAGCGGGGAGCCGGUGUGUAACGCCUGCGGGCUCUACUUCAAGCUGCACAACGUGAACAGGCCGCUCACCAUGAAGAAGGACGGCAUUCAGACGCGCAACCGGAAGGUGUCCAACAAGAACAAGAAGAGCAAGAAGGCAGCCAUGCUGGAGCAGUACUCGGAGGGGGCCCAGGCGCCCGCCCUGGAGGACGCCGGGCCCUUCUCCCUCGGCCCCGGGACGCUGCUGACCUACAGCCACGCGCCGCACCUCCUCUCCACACCGUCCCCCCUGCACCCGUCUGCGUCCCUGCCCUACACGCACCACCUCAACACCGGCAUGGUGCCCACGCUGGUGUGAAGGGGAAUCAGAAGUCAGCGCACAAACGCGCCAUCGUCACUCAUUUGUGUGAAUGUGUACAGAUGUGUUGCUUGUAUAAUAACCGCAAGCUCAGGCUCUAGUUUGAAGAGGGGAUUGUUUGAACUGUAAAUACAUGGAUAACUAGAAUGUAGCUCUUUUUAUUCCUUCUGUGAAAUGUGACAUUAGUUGUGUGUCUGUUUUUGAGUUUGCAUUAUUAUUUGUCAAAUGUUACCACGUUAAAUAAAGUGUGGCUCAUAAGAGUUUGUCCCAGUUGACCACAGCUAAGGCUUUAACCCCCCCUUCCCCCGUGGAUAUAAUGGCUUUUUUGUACAGGCAGAGCUCCACUUUGACAGUGUAAUAGUAAUAAGCGGGUAUGCAAAUCCUCCAUUCCACAGAAGUGACAAACAUUUAACUAAAACGCUCCACUCAUGUGUUACCGACACGGCCAGCCUGCGUGUCUGAACACACACAUUUGUAUAUCAUCACUUUAAUCGGUGAAGACCCCCAUUCAGCCAAGUGAGGUUAGUUGAAGGUUAGACACUUUUUAUUCUCACCACAUUCUUGGAGAAGGGCUUUAUUUUCGUGUAUAAAACUCUCUGGUCCCGCUUCAAGACGAGAGGGCAACGUUUUUCGUUUCUUUCUUUUUUUUUUAUCUGAAAGCUGAGAGUAGAUGGACUUGGGUCUGAGGGGCUAAAUGUCCUGAGGUAAACUUUGUGGCCUAUUAUGACACAUAAUCAAAUCAGCUACUUAGGUAAAAGUAGCAGAACCAUAAUGAUAAAUGGCUCAAUGAUAAGUUUAUGUCCGUUGUACAUCACAAAUAUUACAUAACCUGCUAAGUAUAUUGCGGAAAUUAUAUGACAUCUAAGGGUUUUUAUCAGUGCAUCAAAAUGACCCAUUAGUUUGUGAGCUAAUCUUAACAGUGAUAUGAACUGUUAGAUAGUUUCCUCUGAGCCAAGGUGUCAUAUGUAAACUAAAAAAAACAUGAAGUGCAGUAAUGAGAAAUAUCAGUCAAUAUCAACGUAUGCAGUGAGAAUGCAGUGGAGGCAGGGCAUCAGGUUCGUUUUGUUUAGGCUUUAUUCAUGUACAUUGUAAUGGCACUGUUGUUGUUUUUUUCACUGCUACUACUGUGAUUGUUUAUUUCCAGGUGCACCAGACAUUUGGCUCAGUACCUGAUUAGAUUAGACUAAUUAAAGGAAGCAUCUUUGACUAAAAGUGCAGCCAAGGAAAAAUGCAAAUGUUUAAAUGCGGAAAUAAAAGCUCCUUAUCGCUUCAUCUCGA